AUGCAUAAACUGGAGUUAUCCGGUAGGUUAGCAAAAUGGGCGGUAGAAAUCAGUGGGUAUGACACCGAGUAUAAACCUCGAACAACCAUAAAGUCUCAGAUCUUGGCAGACUUCGUGGAGGAUUUCACGUCUGCACUGAUACCCAAGGUUGAAAGGGUGCUAGCACUAACCUCGGGUAAACCAGUCGGAGUAUGGACCCUACAUACGGACGGUGCAUCAAACAUAAAAGGGUCCGGGCUCGAUAUUGUGCUGAGAAGCCCAGCCGAAGAAUUAAUACGUCAAUCUAUAAAAAUAUCCUCGAAAUUGACUAACAAUGAAGCUGAGUAUGAGCCUUUGAUUGCAGGUUUAAAGUUGGCCCGAGGAUUGGGAGCUGAGAUCGUUGAGGCGAUGUGCGAUUCCCUCCUGGUCGUAAACCAAAUCAAUGGGACUUUCGAGGUGAAGGAUGAUAGAAUGCAAAAAUAUUUGGAGAAAGUUGAAGUAGUCUUACAUCGGUUCAAAGAGUGGAUGGUCCAGCACACUCCGAGGGAACAGAACACAGAGGCCGACGCCCUAGCAAAUCUGGGCUCCUCGGUUGAAGCCGAAAGGCUAAGCUCGGGUGCAAUUUUUCAACUAAUGAGUUCAGUUAUUGAAAGCAACCAGGUCGAAGUUAACGCUGCGAGUUUAACUUGGGAUUGGCGGAAUAAGUACAUGAAUUAUCUAGCAGAUGGAAAGCUGCCCUCGGAUUGGAAGGAAUCACGUGCAUUACGGACUAAAGCAGCAAGGUACUGCAUAGUCGAUGGUAAGUUGUACCGACACUCCUUCUAUGGCCCCCUCGCUAGAUGCCUAGGUCUCGGUGAAGCCGACUAUGCGAUGCGAGAGGUACAUGAGGGAACAUGCGACAAUCAUUCUGGAGUCGAACUGCUAGUCCGCAAACUCAUCUGGGCAGGAUACUAUUGGGAUCACAUGGAAAUAGAUGCAAAAAACUUCAUCCGCAAGUGUGACCAGUGUCAGAGGCACGCCCCGGUGAUACAUCAACCGAGUGAAUUGUUUCAUCCAAUACUUUCCCCAUGGCCCUUCAUGAAGUGGAGAAUGGAUAUAGUUGGACCUCUACCAUCGGCACUAGGUAAAGCUCGUUUUAUAUUAUUUAUGACUAACUAUUUUUCUAAGUGGGUUGAAGCUUAG